AUAUUCCGUAUCUUUAUGUUACAGAAAUGCACAGCUUAUGAAGUCAGCGACAAGAAGGUUUACAAAACGUUCGCGAGGACCAUCUCAACCGACACCGCAGUGGCCAUCUCGGUCAUGCAGCUCCUGCGCCACUUCAACUGGAGCGUGGUCAGUCUGGUCAGCUCGGACGAGGAGAAGAACCUGUCUAUCAUGAAGAACCUCAAGAUGCGACUGCCGGACCUCAACAUCAACGUGUCUUACAGCGAGCAGUACAAACGCAACUACUGGCGAAUGUACUUCUUGCCUGAGAAUGAUGACGAGAGACUGAUGAAGAUCGUCGAUAAGACGUACAAGGCAACCCGAAUUUAUCUCUUCAUGGGGGAGUUCUACGAGUUGUACCAUUUUUGCGAAGCUCUGGAUGACUUUGGACUGUUGGAAAACGGGGAAUACGUGGUGGUUAAAAUCGACCCCAAAAUACCGAAUGAUUCGGACUUUAAGGCACUAGAAGGAGAUUCGUACACCCGUUUGUUUACACCGGAAGUUCUGCACUACUACAAGAACGUACUGUUUUUGUUUCACACGCCGCCUAACGAUGAAAUCUACGAACAAUUUAAAGAGGAAGUCGUGACAUACCUCCAGGAACCACCCUAUAACAGUAACCUGACCGAGUUCGAAAAGGAUGACAUGUUUAUAGGUGAAGAGGCACCAUUUUUGUACGAUGCUGUCAUGCUGUACGCCCAUGGUCUGAAUGCCACGUUAGCCAAGGGGGGUAAAAUUGAAGAUGGAAUAGCGAUCAUUCAGGAAAUCAUCAACAGAGGAACAUAUCAAAGUAUAAUGGGUAUGCAGCGUGCAAUUAACAAGAACGGGAAUGCCCUCAUGAACGUCUCCUUGUUCGCUCUGGAGCAAAACAAGACAGCAGGCCAAGGCGAUUACUACUACAAGAUACAGCCGGUCGGCAACUUCCAAUACAACGCAUCAAACAAUGAGACAGAGCUGACUCUGAAGCUUCGAGAAGACCGACAUAUCUCUUGGACGGGUGGCCGUCCACCUCUAGACCAGCCAAGGUGUGGCUUCUUCCGUCAGUUUUGCAAACCGCCGGACGAAACGAUGUCACCUGCAGAGAUAGCCUUCAUUGUCUUAGGCAGUAUGUUGCUGAUUGCAAUUAUCAUCGGAGCGGCGAUUCACAGGGUGUAUAAGUACGAGCAAGAGUUGGCGAGUCUUCUAUGGAGGAUUGACUACAAUGAGAUCAAGUUCAAAGGCCAGGAUGGCUCUACGGCCACAUUGGGAAGUCGGGUGAGCAUCAUGACAACAGAGAGCCGAGCAUCGGGCGAUUGCUUAAGGGGCCAGAUUUUCACCAAUGUUGGUAAAUACAAGGGUGCUACGGUAGCCGUGAAGAAGAUCUUCAAGCAGCAUAUUGACGUCAGCCGAAGCAUGAAAAAAGAGCUCAAAAUAAUGCGUGAUAUUCGACAUCCUCAUUUGAAUCAGUUUAUUGGUGCCUGCAUUGAUCCACCUAACAUCUGCAUUAUAUCCGAAUACUGCCCCAAAGGCAGUUUACAGGAUAUCCUUGCUAACGAUGAGAUGAAACUAGAUAACAUGUUCAUAGCUUCAAUAGUAGGAGAUAUCAUAAAGGGAAUGCUGUAUCUUCAUUCCUCGGAAAUCCACACCCAUGGUAACCUCAAGUCAUCCAACUGCCUGGUGGACAGCAGAUGGGUGGUCAAAAUCUGUGACUUUGGACUGUGGCGCUUCAGGUCCAAAGAGCAAAUGUCCGAGUUGGGAGAGCAUGCCUACUAUGAAAGCAUACUGUGGAAGUCACCUGAACUUCUACGAGAUCCAUGUCCGCCCUUAUUUGGUACACAGAAGGCAGAUGUCUAUGCGUUUGGUAUUCUUCUCUUUGAGAUCAUUUUACGGAAUGGGCCAUAUGGAAACUGUCCACUCAGUCCUAAGGAGAUUGUAGAUCGGGUGACCUACCCACUGGAUACCACGCAACCAUUCAGGCCUAACGUGAAUGAGAUUGAGGAGUGCUCGGACUGUGUAAUACACAUCAUGCAGGAGUGCUGGGAGGAGGUGCCUGACUGGAGACCUGACUUCAAGGCGAUAAGAUCAAAAUUAAAGCCACUCAACAAGGGCAUGAAGUCAAAUAUCCUGGAUAACAUGAUAGUAAUCAUGGAGAAGUAUGCCAGCAACUUGGAGGGAAUUGUGGAAGACAGAACUCAAAAACUCAUCGAGGAGAAGAAGAAGACGGAUAAUUUGCUGCAUCAAAUGCUGCCUAUGCCAGUUGCCAAUCAACUCAAGAGAGGCCGGCAGGUUGUGCCAGAGUCAUUUGACUCAGUCUCGUUAUUCUUCAGUGACAUUGUGGGCUUCACUGCUCUUUCGUCACAGAGCACUCCUUUCCAGAUUGUGGACAUGCUGAAUGACCUGUAUUCACUCUUUGAUGCCAUCGUCAGCUACUAUGAUGCGUACAAAGUAGAGACUAUCGGCGAUGCAUACAUGCUGGUGUCAGGCCUUCCAAUUAACAACAGCAGGCACUCUGGUGAGAUUGCCUCCACCGCUCUCCACCUGCUGGAUGCUGUGCAGCAUUUUGAGAUCAGACACAGGCCGGAUGACCGGCUGAAGCUCAGGAUAGGACUACAUUCUGGUCCUGUUGUGGCAGGGGUAGUUGGUACGGCAAUGCCUCGCUAUUGUCUGUUUGGAGACACAGUUAACACAACAUCCAGAAUGGAGUCAAAUGGUUUACCUCUUAAGAUUCACUGCAGCAUGGAAAUUAAGGAGAACCUUGAUAAGAUUACAGGCUACACACUAGAAGAAAGGGGCCUUGUGAACAUGAAGGGCAAAGGAGAGCUGCUGACAUACUGGCUGGUAUCACAGUUGGACAGCUACAGACGUGAUAAACCCCUGAAAGUGAACUACGCAGACCAGGACGAUGCUUACGAGCGAAGAACCUCAAAGUUUCUGAGUAUGCAAGGUGUGAAUGAACGGGACAGCUUCAGCGGUAGUGGCAGGAAGAUCGACGCCAUACCUGAGACACGAUCCACAGGAACCAAAGGAUGCUCCUCCUGUGUGACGGGGGUUAACAGGCCCCAGUCAGCUGUCAACCCUUCCGAUCGGAAACGCUUUGAUAGCAACAUGCAAAACUGUGUGUCUGAAAGCAAGAUCCCCGAGUCCACAGCGGAGCAGGAGAUGAUCCGGUCAGAGUUAACGAACACCAAUGGGCUGAAGUUCCAGACGCGCGAUACCUGUGUACACUUUGAAGAGCCAAAUAAGAAGAGGUUUAGUGAUACAGACAUCACGUUUACCAUGCCAAUGAAUGAUUGUGAGACCGAAACCAUCGUAUGAGGCUUAAGCACUGGAGGUUUUGGAAGUAGAACUGACAACCGUAAGUAAGAUAUCUGUGACAAAUCCUCAAGCAAUGGACCAGACUCAACUUGAAGAUGUACUUUUGGAGAAAUCAAGUUUCAUACUACAUGUUGUAUUUACUGUUGUAUUUAAUGUAUAGGCUUGGCCGGUCAAGCAUAGGGCUACAAACUUCUGGCCAACAAGGUGGUCCUAUAGAUCAUCAGCCCCAUAAAGUGCCCCUGAGAAGUGUGCCUACAAUUUAAGAAGAAAUAAGCAAAGUGGCGCUGUAUGUAGCUAACAAUACACUUUCUAUUUUAGCAGAAUUAGCAAUAGUUGCAAUAUUUUCAACCACAGCUUGUUCCAUCAGAAUACUUUAUUCUUUCUUAAAAUUUACAAAGUUCUGUUCCUGUUGACUCUCUCUCUCCCUCCAUGAUUUCAAUUGACUUCAUAAGUGUUUCAAAAGCUCUAAUUGUGUAGUUUAAAAUCACAUACAAAGAAAAAUUCAUACUUUGUCAGUACAUGUAUUGGAUAGGACCUCAGGAAGGCAGAUUUGCAGGUGUGUGCAUAUUAACUGAAGUUCUAGUAAAACUAAUUCAGUACAUUUCUUUGAGGCACAGCAGAAAGGCACCAAACUGAAGCAAAUGCUGCUGGCAGCUGCAAUAAAAUACUAUAACCUCUAGUCAAGGUCCUGCUCAUCCAAAUUAAAUAUACUUACUGUCAGAAACAUACAUCAAUGUAUAUGUUUCCAUACCACUGCUACUUCUAACAUCAACUUGCUUAGUAGCAAGUUAAUGUGUUGAGUAAUCCCUUCAUCUUAGUGUCAUUAAUUAACACAGAAUAAUGCUUUCUCUUGAAACUGGAUCCACUUUACACAGGGCUACAUGUACACAUGUA